AAUAAAAAAGACGACAGCCCAAACAAGCGAAUUAAUUCUGCAGUGACAGACGUGACGCAAGAGAUAUUCCCAGGCUUCGAUUGCUGGGUUCGCAGAUGUUAGUUGAUUCUCCAGCUCUAAAACGGAGGAGAUUCGCCGUUGCUGAUCAACUUGCUAUGGAAAAGCUUGUUGCUGCAAAGCAAACUUAUGGUCGGGAAAUCCGUGUAUUCGAGACAACAACAGCAACAAUCUCCCAAACAUCAAAUGAUGUCUCUGGCAGUGAGGAACCAGAUGACCUGGAAUUCACCACUGCAGAUUAUUAUCGCAUCCUGGCUACUAAAAAAGAAGAUAAAUAUUUGAAAACAAAGAAAAUUCGAGACGCAGAAACAGCAGCUAGUAGAUCAAGAAUUACCAAGGCAGUGAUUCGUGUAAGGUUCCCAGAUAACCACACAUUAGAAGCCACAUUCCACCCAACAGAGACAAUGCAAAGUUUAGUUGAUCUUCUUGUGAAAGUUGUGGCUCGACCAGACCUCCCUUUCUAUAUAUAUACUAUACCUCCCAAGAAGCAAAUAAAGAACAUGUCUCAGGAUUUCUAUUCUGCUGGUUUUGCUCCUGGUGCAAUCGUCUAUUUUUCAUAUGACCUACCACAAGGUGAUGAUACUAUUGUUGCACAAGGCCCAUUUCUUAAAGAGGAUGUCAUGGCUUUAAAAGAUCUAGACAGCCUUAUACCCGACCCUGAUCAACCUGCUCCCGAGCCUGUUGUGAUGGCUGCUACUCCAGUACAGAAGCCAGCUGGCGAGAAGAAAAUGGUGAAGCCAAAAUGGUUGAAAAUGUGACAUUUCAAGGUAAAAAAAAAAAAAAAAAGUCUUUUAUAAAUUGUAAUCUAAAUGGAACUUUAUUUGGUUUGUAAAGCACUAUUAGAAGGGGAGAAUGGAGAUCAUCUUUAUUGAUUUUCUUGUUAAGGUUUAAGUUGUAAUUGUAAAGUAUUACCAAGUGUUUAUCAAUUCAUUGUUUGGAACUAAUUUAAUUUCAA